AUGUCGGAGCUAACCCAGUGGACCCUGGGCAGCUGGAGCAGACCACCUGUUGAGGUCAAUGAUUUACCUCCCGGGCUUCCUUACGUGCCGCCGUCCAGUAGUCCUCAGCCCGAUGUGAAAUUUGAAGCCCCAGAGGCGAUGGAUGAGCCUCUCAACCCAGAUGUGACAGACAGGCCUCUUGAAACCCAUAACCGAGAGGCAACGGAUGCCCAUAUUGAUCACUAUGUCCCAGCCGGCAUUUUGCGCAAAUACUCAUGCACGCACCUCUACCCGAACUCCGAGAUAGCGUUGCUGGAAAAGCACGAGUGGAUCCGAACACGCUCCCUUAGCGACGGCAACAAUGUACAGGUCUUCGUGCUUCCAGAGGCACAGCAAAAGAAGCCCAUUCUAAGAAAACGUGGCGAUUCCGAGAAGACUGUCAGGUCCGCUCUCAAACUCGUCAUGUCCAUGAUUGACAGAUCCUCUGAAGCGUGGAACGGCUUGGCUAGUGCUCGUGCUGGUUUACAUUCAAACACUCAAGCCGAUAGCGAAGAAGAAUCCCUCUAUUACAUAUUCAAUACGCUGCAAGAACCCGCUCUGAAGUUGAACCACGUAACAGAUUUGCACUCCCGGAACGCCAUGGAGGAACUGCUUGGCAAUUCGGUUCGAGGUCUUAAAACAACACUUUAUGAGUUUCAGCGCGAAUCCGCUGCUGUGAUGGUUCAGCGGGAGGCAGCGCCGGCGCUGACGCUUGAUCCGAGAUUCCAGCCUUGGCGGGGUCCGACUGGGUCGGAGUUCUAUUAUGAUAAGGAGUCUGGGAGCAUUUUGAGUUACAAGAUCUUGUAUCCCGAGGCCUGUGGAGGGAUUCUGGCAGAGUCUAUGGGAUGCGGAAAAACUCUCAUCAGUCUUGCUGUGAUAUUGGCUACACGGGGACACUUCCCCAAAAUCCCGGUGGAGUACCAGACACUCAAUAACCCCGUCAGGUUCAAGACUGGAUCACUAAUGCAAAUGGCUGCUGCUACUGCUGGUCGCUUUUCCCUGCCCUGGAAGGAUCACUUUGACCGGAUGCUGGCAGACGGGAAAGAUUAUAGUAAUUGUAGGAAGGCCUGUGUGGCCAACAGUGGUUCCUACAUCGAACCGGCGAAAAGCAAACGCCAAAGAGAAGCCUCAGCGUACACGCGCUCGGCCAACCAAAUUCUUCUCUGCUCCGGUACUCUCGUUAUUGUGCCGGAUAACUUGCUGGACCAUUGGGAACGUGAGAUCGCUAUACACACCACCGAUCUGAAUGUCCUAGUACUACGAAAUAAGGACAAGACACCAUCAACGGGCGAACUCCUGAACUUCGAUAUUGUGCUUUUCUCCAAAGGCCGAUGCAAUAGAGAGAAUCCAAAACCGGACAAACAUGGACAGAAGCCGGAAUCUCCUAUUCUCAAUCUUCAUUGGUUGCGAGUUAUUGUCGAUGAAGGGCACGACCUUGCCAGCACAACAACAGAAAUGGUCGACUUGCUCAAAAAGCUGAAAUUUGAGCGUCGCUGGAUGAUUUCAGGAACCCCUCUCUCAGAAUUAUAUGGCGUGGAACUUAGCAUUGCUUCACUGGAAAUGGACACAGACAAUACUGAAUCGUCACCGGACGAGCAUACCUUCUUGCAACCCCGCAAAAAUGCGGGAAAUGCCGUCGAACAUGAAAUCAGAAACCUGGAUAAAUUGGGCUUCAUGGUCCGUAAUUUCUUGGAUCUCAAGCCUUGGUCUAAUAAUUCCUACGAUUGUUGGAAAACUCAUACAAGAACGGUGGGCGAAGAUGGAAUGCCUCGAAAAUCCCCAUCACUACGUGCCACUCUCCAGAGUCUUGUUGUGCGACACCGGUACGAAACGGUCAAAAAGGAGAUUACUCUUCCACCACUGUAUAACAAGGUGGUCUACCUUGAGCCGACCUUCUACGACCGGCUGUACAUCAACAUAUUCCUCUUCACUCUCGCAGUCAACGCCAUUACAUCUGAACGUGAAGGUCCUGACUAUAUGUUUGAUGAGACAAACAAGAAGAACAAGAAGAAGCUUACUGAGUUGAUACAAAACUUACGUCUGGCUGGAUUCUGGUGGGCUGGCGAUGACGAUGUCCAAAGUACCGUGGACAUUGCCCUGGAAUAUCUGGAGCAAAACCAGGAGAAGAUGACAGUGGCGGAUUUCAACCAAUUAAAACAAGGAAUCCAGAUCGCACGAAAGGCGAUGAGUUCCUCUGGCUGGAAUGGAUUCAAAAAGAUGCACGAGCUUGGAGUCUUUGUUCGGCAUUUCCCAGAGCAUGCUCGCAACAUGUGGGCCCUUGAUGCCACAGACGCUGAUCACGAGCCUCUGCUCAUGGGUAUGACCCAGGCCCGUCGCGCGCAAGAAUUUGUGAUGCACCAUCUCCGCACGCCGGAUCCCGCUGAAGGUCUCGCAGGAGAGGGUAUCAAAGUUCGUCGGGAGCUAACUAAACACAGCCAGACAGCUACUUCUGCUCACAGCGGUUCCACCGAGUCGACGAAUCUUCCAGUAAACAGAUCGACCCCGAAAAAGAAGAAGAAAAAUCAAACCUUCGAGAAGAAGAUCUUCCGCUCUCUCCCGGAGACUUCGCCCUUGACACAAACGAAGCUGGAAGGAGUAGCAUCAGCCAAGCUUCGGUACUUGUUAGAGCAAGUCCUGAAGUUCGAGAAAACCGACAAAAUCAUCAUCUUCUACGAACACGACAACGUCGCUGCCUGGGUCGAGCAAGGCCUGGACUUAAUAGCAGUCAAAUUCCGCACAUACGCCAGUACCGCAAGCAUGGGAUCCAAUCUCAAAAGCGAGAACUUGAGCGACUUCCGCCAAACCAACGAAGUCCGCGUUCUACUAAUGAGCGUCAAAGAAGCCUCGCAUGGUCUCCACAUCCCCGAAGCCUCGCGGAUGUACAUCGUCAACCCAAUCUGGGAACGUAACGUGGAAAGCCAAGCCAUCAAACGAGCCCACAGAAUCGGGCAGAAAAGACCAGUCUACGUCGAAACCCUCGUCUUAGGCGAUACCCUCGAACAUCGAAUGCUCAACCGCAGUAAAAACAUGACCGCCGAGGAAACGAAACACGCAGGAAAGAACCCGGUGGACGAUAAGACUAUGAGCGAGAUCAUUCAGAACGAGCCAUUCCUACCCAUGCCCGACGAGGCUUCGGCCGGAAUGGCUCCGCUGACACAUCCGCUCGGUCUAUUCGAUCGGCAUAAAUUGCCGAUUCCUGAUAACGAGGUGGUCCCUGCGCGCGGGCCAUCGCGGCCCAGACCGGCGCGCAUACCGCGGACCUUGGAGUCAGAUGCCGAUUCCGAUUCGACUGGUGUUCAGGGGUCACCGGCCAAGAGGCCUCGGAUUGGCUUUGCGGAGCAUGACCAGGUCAUGGGUGUGGGUGCGGUUCCUGUGCCGCUGCAGCCGGUUCCCAUGCUGAAUUCGGCUUUUGGUGCUGGGGCUCCUGUGUCUGGGCCCCCGCGGGCUGGCUUUGGGGAGCGUGCGGCGGUUAUUGGGGAUAGCGUUGGUCCAGCGCAAUACGUGCCGAUGCGCUCUGGGCCAGAUUUACCCCGGGACGGCGUUGAGAGGCGGGUCUCGUUGUUCGGGCCGUUCGGGUCAUGA